AACUACAAACCAAUCCGAAACUUCCUUUUUUCGAACCGUUGGAUUUGGCCGCUCUGAAGGUAUCAGAUCAUGGGCAUGAGAUGAUUUUGUGAAUGUAGAGCUCCGUUAUUCUUCAAAAAUGAGCCUCCCAAAUACAAUUUUAAGUUUUGGGGAUUUCAGUGAAGGUGAUGAAGUUGGAAGUCUGAACUAUCUUCUGGCCUCCUUAGGCAGACCAAUUAAAAACUCCAAACUUGAGUUACCUUGGAAUGAAGAAGAGCAUUUAAAGGAAGUUUCAGCAGAUACUGUGCCUAAUGAAGCUACUGGAAUUAGUUUUGGAACUGUCGACUUAAAAGGAGAGAACUUUAGUUUUACAGUUGGAAAAAGUUCUUUGAAUUCUUCUGUUAAAAAUACUGCAGUUGAGUUUGAUGAUAAGGUAUUUGGACAAAGUCAUUCUGAUGACAGACACAGAAAGCCACGGCGCAAUAAAAAGAAAAGAGAUGAGAGGUAUUAUGAGGACUUUUACAAGAAUCAAGAAUUUACUAAUGAUGAUGCAAGCCAGAAAGCAAUAGAAAAAGAAACAUUCAAACACCAAAGUUACCCAGUCAAUGAACUAUUGAAUAAAACACAAAGUGAAAUAGGACACAACGUGAACCAAAACGCAGAUGUUAUAAAUUUUUCAACUGCCAGUAACAGAACUAUUAAUCUUGAACAAAGUUACAUGCCAGAUCUUAUCCCAAACAUUGCUUCUAUGCAGGGGGCUGGAAAUGUUCAACAACAGAUCCCCACCGACAGACAAAACGAACACAACAAUGUUGUUAAAAACUUAGCUCAAGUCCAACAGAAUAGCGUUGCAUCGGCAGCUGGUGAAUGUUUUGAAAAAACAUUAGGUAAUAAUGCUGAGAACACCACAUCAACUGAUGAUGAUAAAGCAAACGAGGAAAGUGAAUCAAAUAUAGACAUACCACUGAACAAAAUAGAAGCUGUAGGUAAAACAGAACAAGAAAGUACAUAUUCAAAUCUGCAGAGUACGAAUGAAUCAAAGGAUGGUGCACAAAUGAGGGUGCCAGAGCAAAACCAGCCAGUUGUUAACAAGCCAUCAUCCUGGGCUGGACUAUUUAGUAAGCCUGCUAUGAACACUAAAGGAAAGCCGGAUGUAGCCGAAAACAAGGUUCAUUCAGUGCCAGAUCCAGCUGCAAUUAAACAGAUUGUUGAACAAAUUGAUGAAAGGAAACCUGUUUCUGUAGACUUUGACUCUUACGCUAAACAGCUUGGAGAUUUAUUAUCUAAAGUGCAAUUAAACCACCGUCCAGUUGCUUGGCAACCAAGAGGUUUGAACAACAAAGCUAACUGGUGUUAUAUUAACAGUAUCUUGCAAGCUCUGCUAUUUUGCCCUCCGUUUGGCAAUCUCAUUAGAUCAAUACCAGUUCAAGUUAAAGAGCGACUACCAACAUCCACGCCAAUGCUGGACUGCAUAAUUGACUUUGUGAACAUGUACGAAGUGAUGCCACAUCGACAGUCUGGCAAACGAAUCACAGAUAUUCAAACAGGCAGCACCUUUGAACCAGUCCAAGUCUACCAGAUGUUAUCACGUGCCAAAACAUCUUUCUCUGUUGAGGGACGUCAGGAAGAUGCUGAGGAGUUUCUAGGCUGUCUACUCAAUGGCAUGCAUGAAGAAAUGCUAGCACUGAUGGCAGUUGACAAACCUCAAUCAACAAGUAAAGGUGUUUCAAAUGGUCUAGAAAAUGAUAAUGAAGAAGAUGAUGAAUAUGAGGAGGACGAGGAUGAAUGGCAUCAAGUGGGACCAAAAAAUAAGAGCAGUGUCACUAGAGAGGCUCACUUUGACAAGUCACCAAUUUCAGAAAUAUUUGGAGGUCAGAUGAGGUCAAUCCUUCAUCAGUCUGGUUCUCGUGAAUCUGCUACAUUGCAACCAUUCUUCACUUUACAGUUAGACAUUCAAUCCAACAACAUAUGGAGUGUUUCUGAUGCUUUGGAGCACAUGGUAAGCAAGGAGACGUUGCAUGGAUACACUUGUAGCAAGACAAAAACGGAGGUAGAAGCCUCCAGGAGGAUCACUAUUGAGAAGCUUCCUCCAGUUCUGGUUCUUCAUUUGAAGCGCUUCAUUUACGAUAAAUCUGGUGGUUGCCAGAAAAUGAUGAAAAGGAUUGACUAUUCAGUGGAUUUAGAACUAGGCAAAGAACUAUUUUCAUCAACUGUGAAAGGGAAGCUUGGUGGUUCUCAACGUUGGUACAAGCUGUUUGCUGUUGUUUACCAUCUUGGGGAGGAAGCAUCAGGAGGUCAUUACAUCACAGAUAUCUUCCAUCCAGCGGUUGGUGGCUGGUUGCGGACUGAUGAUAGUAUAGUGAAAGUAGUCCCAGUAAGCCAGGUCCUAAAGCCAACACUCCCACGGCUUCCGUACUUGCUUUUCUACCGGCAACGCGACUUGUGAAAUGGUUUAUGGUUGAGUUAUUUCAGGAAUUUUGCCUGUUAUAGACAUUCGGUCAAUCAACGGUUCAGUGGAAGAUGUAUGGUCUUAAAAAUACAAAAUAACUAAUGUUGUUUAAUUGAAGGAAACUAAGUACAUAGAUAAACUAUUGUUUAGAGGGAGGUAUCCAGACCUAGUUAUAUAAUCAACAUAGUUUGAGUGAAAUGUAUGACUUGUUGAAUGGAGGGUGUAGGCCUAAAAAUACAUUGACUGUACAAGAGAAAGAGCCAAUGUUAAAUACCAAGAAGAGCACUACAGAUUAAUCCAUAAUGUAAUCUGAGGGCCUUCAUAUAGGGCAGCAAAUCCUAAUGUGGGCAUUGGUUGAAUAAUGUAAACAAAGACUUAAAAAAUACUGCCAUCAGAAUCAUGUCAUCAGCCUUGAGUAUAGGAAUAAGAUUUUUAGUGAUUUUAUACAAACUCUAUGUUCAAAUUGUCUAUUAUUUACAUUAAACGAUUGAUACAUACAGGCUUAGAAAAGAAGCCAUCAAGGUGUUUUUAGUUAUCUCAUUGUUGGAAGUUAUUUGUCAUUUAAUAUUGGACUUGUGUGGUCUUACAUGGCCAUUCAUACAAGUUUGAUUAUAUUGCAAAACCCUGAUUUAUAUUUAAAAAUUUUUGAUUGAUAUGUUUCCAAAGUUUAUGAACGAAUGUGAGCUAACCGUCACAUCCAUGGUUGAAGAAUUAAUCAGCAUUGUGCAGUUACAUUAAAAUGGAUAACUUAAAGGAAACUGCAGCCUAUAAUGUUCUGUAUUAGGUUUGUACUACUAUAAAAAAAAAAAAAAAAUAGAAAAGUUCAUGAUGUAGUAUUACAUCCAGCAAAAUAGAAACCAUUUAAAAUUAAGGUAGAAACAACCAGUUUUCACUUAAUGGGUUUGGUACUGUAGAAUAACAUCUUGUUCUGUGAUGUCACAUCUCAUGCAUGUGACAAUGCAGAAGAAUCAAACUGAUAAUGUUAACACCUGAUAAAAUUGGGCUUUUUAUUAUUCCAAUUAAUAACUAAAAGCAAUUAAUGAUGAAGAAAAAAACAACAAGAUUAUUAUUGUAAAUAUUUUGUUCUUGAAGUUGAACUAAAAUGAUAUUAUAUAUUUAAGAACAUAGUGUAAGUAUAUUUUCUGAAACAGGUUGGUUUGUACUUUUUCUGUACAAGUAAUUACAGAUACAGUAAUUUGAUUACCGUCAACAAAGUUGGCAAUUUAUCUUCGUUAACGAACUCAAAGUUCAGUGCCGACUGUAAUCAUGUAAAUUUAUUAAUAAAUGAACUUACCUGUA